UUAAUGGUUACUGAAGACCAAUUAAGUUUUACCGUAUUUCGACAUAAACAAGUGAAAUAUCCCCUAUUGGAUCAAUCAAUGAGAAUCUGGGUUGAACAAGUUACUAAUAGUAAAAUGUUUUUAACUGAACUAAUGAUUAAAGAACAGGCAGCGGAUUUUGCAAAAGCCUUGAACCUGGGUGAAGAUGCUUUAAAAUUUUUAAAUGGAUGGGUUCAUAAGUUUAAACAGCGCAAUAAUCUUAGAAACGUUAGAUUACAUAGAGAAGCUAAUAGUGCGCCACUAUCUUCGCUUCCUGAAUAUCGAGAAAAAUUGCGUGAAUUGAUUGAAAACUAUACAUUGGAUAACGUGUUCAACGCAGAUGAAACAGGGCUUUUUUUUCAUAUGGCACCAGACCAAACACUUGCAUCUUGA